AACCAAUACUAUUUCAAUUGUCUUUAGAAAAUGUACUGAGUUGUUGGUGUAUAAGGGGAGGGGUAUUUAUAGAUAUUUUUUAAGUUGCAGACUUUGUCUUUGAUCUUUUUAACUGUGAUAUAACGCCAAACAGGCGCGGUCAGGAUUGGAUAAGGACAAGGAUUAGCUAAUCAUCACUGAUAAAAAAUGGCGAUCUCUUCACCAAAUAUUUCCCAAUCUUCCAUUUGUUUGGUACAUCCUAACCAAGCACAAUCUCAUUAGGUGAUAUCUCUGCUCGGUCAUUACAGAUAUCAUUUUUGUCUGACUGAGCAGUAUAUAUAGGUUUCUGCUGAAAUUAUCAGUAGGAUAUUAUACAGGCAUCACCACACUGGUUGAGAUUUAUCCAGUCCCUCAAUCUAGAAGGCUCAAAUUAAGACUAUGAGGACAUUGAUAUUACUUUGUGUUUUGCAGUUGAUGCUUGCUGUUUCCGGACAAGACUCCGAACCGGAGUUUGUUUAUCCGGAUAUCUUCAAUGACCCGGAGCGAGAUGCCUUCUUGUACGGCACUUUCCGUGAUGACUUCCUUUGGAGUACAUCUACUGCAGCAUAUCAGAUUGAAGGAGGAUGGGAUGCGGACGGAAAGGGACCCAGCAUCUGGGACACCUUCACGCACGAGCCCGGGAACAUCGCUAACAAUGACACGGGAGAUGUUACAUGCGACAGUUACAACAAGUACAUGGAUGAUAUUGCCAUCAUGAAAGCCAUGGGUCUGAAGUACUACCGCUUCUCUAUCUCCUGGUCUCGUAUUCUCCCAGAUGGCACAUUGAACACCAUCAACCAGCCCGGUAUCGACUACUACAACAACCUCUUGAACGCCAUGAGGGAUGCGGACAUCGCUCCCAUGGUCACCCUCUAUCACUGGGACCUUCCACAGGCCUUACAGGACCAGGGAGGUUGGCAGAAUGAAUCCGUUAUCCAACAUUACAGAGACUACGCUGAUCUAUGCUUCAGUAACUUCGGUGAUCGGGUUAAGCUGUGGAUCACCUUCAAUGAGCCUUGGGUGGUGACCAUGUUAGGGCAUGGUACAGGUGACUUUGCUCCCGGUAUAGAUGGGGAUGGAACCAUUACUUACGUGGUGGCACAUACUAUCAUCAAAGCACAUGCCAGUGCAUACCAUGUCUAUGACAGCAUUUACCGAGAAUCACAGGGAGGAGAGAUUGGAAUAACCCUGAAUUCAGACCACUAUGAGCCGGCUGAUCCUACCAAUCCAACAAACGUUGAUGCUGCUGAGAGAGCUUAUCAGUUCUAUCUAGGUUGGUUUGGGCAUCCUAUCUUUCUCAAUGGAGACUAUCCGGAAAUCAUGAAGACAAAGGUAGCAGAGAAGAGUCGUAGGCAAGAUUUAAGUGAAUCUCGUUUACCAGAGUUCACCGAGGAAGAAAAAGCGUUUAUCGUCAACACUGCUGAUUUCCUUGGAAUCAACACCUACACCAGCAGUUUAGUGUACCCCGCUCCGUCUAUCGCCCAACCGGUGAGCUACUGGAUUGAUCAAGACGUGCUUCCUCUCAAAGAUCUGGAGUGGCCCUCCACGGAUCACGAAGGGUUCAGGAUUGUACCUUGGGGUAUCCGGAAGCUUUUGGGAUGGGCUGACAAGGAGUACAACGUGCCUAUAUACAUCACCGAGAAUGGCAUGGCAACCAAUGAUACAGAUGACCUGAAUGAUGACAAGAGGGUGAACUACUUCCGGGCUUACAUAAAUGAAGUUCUCAAAGCUUAUCUUUUGGAUGAUGUUGAUGUUCGAGGUUAUGUCGCCUGGACCCUCAUGGAUAACUUUGAAUGGGCUGUUGGUUUUACCGAACGAUUUGGUCUUCAUUACAUCGACUUCAACGACCCGAAUAGGACCCGCAUCCCUAAAAAGUCUGCUACUGCUUUUGCUGAAAUUAUCGCUAAUAAUGGAUUUAAGGAGGUUGAAUUCGUGUACCCUGAUUACUGGAACGACCCUGAUCGAGAUGCUUUCCUUUACGGCACCUUCCCCGAGGAUUUCAUCUGGAGUUCAGCGACAUCCUCGUACCAGAUCGAAGGAGCUUGGGAUACAGAAGGGAAAGGAGAAAAUAUCUGGGAUAGAUUCACUCAUGAAGGAGGAAACGUCUACAACAACGAUACAGGAGAUGUAGCAUGUGACAGCUAUCAUAACUAUAAAGAAGAUGUUGCUCUGAUGAAGGCCAUGGGUUUAGAAUACUAUCGCUUCUCCAUCUCCUGGGCGCGCAUCCUUCCUGAUGGAACCAUCAACAACAUCAACGAGCCUGGUAUCGCUUUCUACAAUAACCUAAUCGAUGAGAUGGCUGCGAAUGGUAUCAAGGCUAUGGUCACCCUCUACCACUGGGAUCUCCCUCAAGCUCUGCAGGACAUUGGUGGAUGGGAUACCCCAGACAUCGUACAACAUUUCAAGGACUAUGCCGAGCUCUGCUUUCAAAGGUUCGGGGAUCGAGUCCCUCUGUGGAUCACAUUCAAUGAACCUUGGAUCGUGUCUCUCUUUGGGUAUGGCACCGGACAGUUUGCUCCAGGAAUCUCAGAUAUUGGAACAGCUCCAUACAGAGUCACACACAAUCUCCUUAAAUCCCAUGCCGAAGCAUACCACGUAUACAACGACACCUACAGACUUAGUCAGGGAGGAGAAAUUGGAAUUACGUUGAACUCUGAUUGGUCAGAACCACUGGACAGGACGAACCAGACCAGUCUGGAUGCAUCUGAUAGAGCCCUUCAGUUCAACCUCGGUUGGUUUGCUCAUCCAGUCUUCAAAGGUGACUACCCUGAGAUCAUGAAGACCAAAAUCGCCAAGAAGAGCGCUGCCCAAGGAUUCAACGAAUCUCGACUGCCUGAAUUCACAGCAGAAGAGAUAGAAAGGAUUAUAGGAACCAGUGACUUCUUUGGUUUGAAUCAUUAUACUUCUAACUAUGCAUUCGCUGUCCCAGAAUACCUUUCCAACCCUCCCAGCUACUGGACCGAUUCAGAUGUGGGUUCAUACCAGGAUCAAAGUUGGCCUGGUUCUGGAUCUAGCUGGUUGAAGAUUGUUCCAUGGGGCCUUCGCAAUCUUGUGAACUGGAUCUAUGAAGAGUAUGGAGUACCCAUCUACGUGACGGAGAAUGGCGUUUCCACAUCUGACAUCUACGAACUUGAUGACGAAAUCAGACAAAACUAUUACACAGCUUACAUCAAUGAACUUCUAAAGGCUAUCAAUAUGGACGGCGUUGACGUCAAAGGCUAUACAGCGUGGUCACUUCUGGAUAACUUCGAGUGGGCUUCUGGUUACAGCGAACGUUUCGGACUCCAUUACGUAAACUUCUCAGAUCCAGCUCGACCUCGAGAAGCCAAACAAUCAUCUAGUGUUUUUGCAGAGAUCAUAUCCAACAAUGGCUUUAUUCAAGAUGAACAAGACGCUACACCGGCCAAUGAGCUUGACACCGAAGGAAUCAUCCUGACCUGUACGGACACUCAGAUGAUCGUAGAGAUUCCCAAGACUCUCCUAACUGGUGGCAUGGUUGGUACCGAUGUUCGUUUUGCUUUGGCGUCUGAAGACGAUGAGGACUGCUGGGGAAUCGAUGAAGUCAAUGAAUUCAACAUGGACAUCAUUGAACUCACUACCAACCUUACAGGUUGUGGGACAUCAGUAUCGGAAUCUGCAUCCGAAGAAACUUACACGAAUCAAGUGGUCAGCCGUUACGAAGACGGGAUCAUCAGCCGUCUGUAUGCCGUCGAUAUACCGUUGACGUGUUCGUACAACCGAAGCAAACGCGUGGAAUCCGUACGCUACCAGUUGAGCGACUACACCAUCGACAAGACUCUCGAGGAGAAAGGAGAAUAUUCUUUCUCUUUCGAACUCUACACCGAUGAUUCUUACAAUGAAGUGGUUGAACGAUAUCCUCUGGUGAUUGGACUCAACGAGGACCUCUACUUCGCUGCAUCAGUGACGUCACUCGAAGGAACUCUUGAUCUGAGCAUUCGAUCGUGCCGGGCAACACCCAUGUCCCAAUACGAAGAUGACAUUCGUUAUGAUUUCAUCGUAGACGGUUGUUCAGCGGAUGGAAUCGAUACCAACAUCACAAGACUAGAUGGUGGACAUCGGGUCGGGGUCGAAAUGAAUACUUUCCGGUUCAUCGAUCAAGGAGAUUUUGUUUACAUUCAUUGCAACCUGUUGGUCUGUGAUUCGGAGAACACAAAUUCUGUCUGUAACGAUGACAGCUGUGAAAGCGAUGCAGCAAGUCGCAGACGACGUGAUGUUAAUAUCAACGAACAAAAUACAAAACGCUUUACCCGUGGGCCGAUUCGUCUCGUUCGUGCGGCUCCGGAGAAGAAAACAAUCUCACGUCUGCAGUUCAAUGAAAACGAUACACCUGGUCUUGCACCAUCUCAGACCACUUUCAACCCCUGGAUAAUCGCUUCGGCUGCCAUGGCAAUGGUUGUCAUGGCAUUGGUUGCCAUGAUGUUCAUGGUAAUGCGAAAAUUGAAUAAAAUGACAGCAGCACCUUCACGACGUGAAUGCCUCAAAGAAGAGUCUGCACAUCUCUUGUCUGAUGACCAAGAAUGACGACAUCAUUCCAUACCGAUCAUCAGAACAAUCCUCAAAUUUAGAAUUUAAUAACAUAAUUUUUUUUCAUACAUAUUAUGUUAAAACAACAACUGGGCACAUGGAUGACUAGCGAGUUUGUAAAUUCUGAAAAUACAACAAAUAUAUAUUCGUUCUAUAACCAUCCAACUCGUAUGCCGUUGAUUUUUUUGUUUGUUACAACAUCUGGUUAAAAAAAGCCAAAACACGAAUACAUAUUUUUCAUCAUCAAUUAUCUUUAUGAAAAUGAUGAAUAAUACUUUAUGAUUACCCACAAUUAAAAAAGCAACGGAACAGUGUAGUUAAAAUUUCAUCUUGUAGAAUAAUGAAAGGUAGGAUUGAUACAUUUUUUUGAAUAAAAAAGUAAAUAACCAA